UCUAUCUCCCACAAGCAUCAGCAGUCUCUCCAUCAGUCUCCGCGAUACGAGCGGUACUACGGCGCAAAGCAUGGCAUCUCUGCGCCCCGAAAAACGUGUCUCCGCUGCUGCGCACCUCUGCGUCUUUCUGUUGACCGUCUCGGCCUGGAUGGCACUGCCGGGACCCGUGCGUUGUGACAGCGGGGCUUUAAACCGGCGCGGCGGGGAGCACCGUACGUUUGACAUGGGCGGUGGAGACGGUGGCUCCCCGCCGGGCUUACCGACGGACGGUGUCGAGGAAGCCGUCGGCGCGGAGACCUCUCCCCGCUUCAGGAGAGCACUGUCCCGGGAAAAACAAAUGUCCCUGCUCAGCAGUUCGUUCGUGCUCAAAGGGGAUGCGACCCACAACCAGGCGAUGGUCCACUGGACAGGAGAGAACAGCAGCGUCAUCCUGAUCCUGACCAAGUACUACCACGCUGACUCCACCAAGGUGCUGGAGAGCUCGCUGUGGAGGUCUACAGACUAUGGCACCACCUACACCAAGCUCAACCUGAUGCCAGGGACAACCAUCGUGGUGACCAGCUUCUACAUCUGCCCGAACAACAAGAAAAAGGUAGUGCUGGUGGGUUCAUCCAUAAACGAGAGGGAUCAGAUGCUGUUUAUCAGCACAGACGAAGGUUCCUCCUUCCAGCGACAGUCCAUCUCCUUCACCCCGGACACUAUCGUCUUCCACCCCAAGGAGGAAGACAAGCUCCUGGCCUACUGCAAGGAGGGCAGGCUCUUUGCUUCCGCAGACCUGGGCCGCAAGUGGACUUUGCUUCAGGAGCGGGUGACCAAGGACAGAGUCUUCUGGUCAGUAUCUGGUGUGGAUGUGGACCCUGAUCUGGUGCACAUGGAAAUGCAAGACACGAGUGGAGGUUACCUGUAUGUCACCUGUCUCAUCCAGAACUGUUCGGACAAAAUGGUGACUGCUCAGUUCCUCGGAAAGAUCGACCACAACUCGCUGCUGGUGCAGGACGACUACAUAUUUGUCAAGGUCACCACAGGGAAUCGCACCAAGCACUACGUGUCCUAUCGGCGCAACGAGUUUGUCCAGAUGAGGUUUCCCAAGUACGCCUUGCCAAAGGAUGUUCAGAUAGUGAGUACGAACGAGAAUCAGGUCUUCCUCGCCCUCCAGGAGUGGUACCAGUCAGACACAUAUAACCUGUACCAGUCGGACCCCCAGGGCGUCUACUACUCCAUCAUCCUGGAAAAUGUUCGCAGCACCAAGCAGCCAGAGGAGAAUGUCCUCAUCGACAUACUUGAGGUACGUGGUAUCAAAGGAGUCUUCCUGGCCAAUCAGAAGAGUGAUGGGAAAGUGACAACCGUCAUCACCUACAACAAAGGAAGAGACUGGGAACCCUUGGCUCCACCCUCUACUGACAUGAAUGGCAAGCCGAUCAGCUGCAAAGCGGUAACCUCGGCUCCAAGCUAGUGGAGUAUAAGGAAGAGAUGUACAUCACUUCAGACUGUGGGAAGACAUGGAGACAGGUUUUUGAGGAGGAGCAUCACAUCCUGUACCUGGACCACGGUGGGGUCAUUGUUGCCAUCAAGGACACCUCUAUUCCCCUCAAGAUACUCAAGUUUAGUAUUGAUGAAGGACGGACGUGGACUGUUCACAACUUCACCAGCACCUCUGUGUUUGUCGAUGGACUCCUGAGUGAGCCAGGAGACGAGACCCUGGUUAUGACUGUGUUUGGCCACAUCAGCUACAGGUCGGACUGGGAGCUGGUGAAAGUGGACUUCAGGCAGUCUUUCCCCCGUCAGUGUACAGAGUCCGACUAUGACUCCUGGCAGCUCACAGACCUGCAGGGAGAGAAGUGCAUUAUGGGCCAAGAGCGGAGUUUCAGGAAAAGAAAGGACACGGCAUUCUGUAUCAAAGGAAAAAGCUACACCUCGGCUCUCACCACCAAACCCUGCCAGUGCACUGAGAAAGACUUCAACUGUGACUAUGGUUUUGAACGCUCCCAUGUUGAGGGCAAACGCUGCUUCGCUGACUUCUGGCACGAUCCAGAUUCACCACCCGAAGACUGCCAUCUAGGACAAACCUUUGAGACCAGCACUGGCUACAGGAAGGUGAUAUCCAACGUGUGUGAAGGGGGACUAAACAAGCAGCAGAGUGCCAAACAGCACAACUGCCCUCUGCUCCCCCCUCAAGGACUACAGGUCGGCAUCAAAGGGCAGAUGUUGGCCGUUGCGCCUGGUGAUGACAUCACAUUCAUUGUUCACCAGGAGCAGGGCGAUACCAGCAGCACCAAGUACCAGGUGGACCUUGGUGAUGGAGUUAGGGCCAUCUACCAGAACCUGACAGUGACGGAUGAGCCCAUCCAGCAUCGCUAUGCAAAACCGGGUGUUUACAAGGUCACAGUGAAGGCCGAGAACAUGGCAGGGCACGAUGAGGCUACCAUGUACAUCCAGGUCACAGCUCCUCUGCAGGAAGUGCACAUGGAAGUGGUUCCCAUUGCUGGAAGAAACCAUGAGGUCAAUCUGACAGCCGUGGUUCUCCCUACUGAGGCCAACCUGACUGUCUUCUACUGGUGGAUAGGAGACAACCUGCGGCCUACGCUGACUCUGCAGAACAGCCUUCUGACCCGUUUCCCAGAGACAGGAGAGGUUUCAGUCACCGUCCAGGCUUCUAACGGCCGGUCCAUGGUGCAGGAUACCAGGACAGUCCGAGUCUACGAUAACUUCCAGGUCAUCCCACUGAGCUUCAGCACGAACCUGGACCGAUUCAACCCAAAUAUCCCAGAGUGGAGAGAGGACAUUGGCCAGGUGGUCACCAAAAUACUCGCUAAGAUCACAGGUGUCCCUCAGGAGUCCCUGGUUACGGUGGUGAAGCCGGGCCUCCCCACCACAGCUGACCUGUACGUCCUCCCACUGGACAGCAAACCAGCCAAGAGGGGCAUGUUUGUUGAUAAGCGUAUUCCAGCCAUCACGCAGGCCUUCAAUGACAACAAUGUCAGCUUUGUGGUGCGAGGAGGUCUACAAGUGCUGGUGAUGCUAGCUGACCCAAACGCUGGUCUAAUUGCUAAUGACUCAACAGCUACAACAGCAGAGACUGGCUACCAUGGAGCUGCUGGAGGUCCAGGUGUUUGGGCUCUAGCAGUCAUUUUCCUAAUCAGCAUCAUUGCCAUCGGCUCCUUCAUCCUCUACAAGUUCAAAAGGAAGCUUCCAGGCAGCCGCAACGUCUACGCCCAGAUGCACAACGAGAAGGAGCAGGAAAUGACCAGCCCCGUCAACCACAGCGAGGACACCCAGCACAUCAUCCAGGGCGAGGAGUUCAUCGACGAUGACCUGGACUCGCAGACUCUAGGCAACCAUUCUGGUGUGGUCCUGAGCAUCAACUCCAGAGAACUACACAGUUACCUGACCAGCUGAUGGCUGCCAUGGCAAUGCUAACGAGCUAGCCUAGCCUAGCCGGCUAAUGAGCACAGGGACUCCACUCUGCCUUCCUCCUUCUCUCUCUUCCUCUCCCUUGGACACUUCACCUCCACUCCAUGGCCUCCUCAACCCUUCAGCUCCAGCUUUUGUAUAUUAAUUGUUUUCUUCUUUGGGGGUGGGGUGGGGGCUGAGGCUGGUGGAGGAACCUUUACUACCCUACUCAAUCUCUUUCUGCAAGGGGAUGGGAGGCACUCUGCUUUACCUAAUGUAUUUUACAUGAUUGCGAGCCCCCUUAUCUUCUCUUCACGUCCCACACCAGCCCUGGAGAACUGCACUGACACCCAGUGAGGAUGGAGGUCUUGAUGGCGUAACAAAAAGGACACUCACUCAUCUGUGUUUUAAAAAAGAAAAAAAAAAACUCAGUGUGUAUGUUGUCUGUACUUGUAGACACUCAAAAUCAGCGAGCAUGACGAACUGCACUGGUUUCCAGAAAUAUUCACAGUCAGAGGAGGUUGAACCAUCCAUUGGCUGUAGCCACCGAAGGCCAAACAGAGUGCAUUAGGGUAGUCCAAUUAAAAAUAUAUAUUUUUACUCUUCCCCCUUUUAGUUUUACUCUCUUUGUUUCCCACAAUUACUAGACACACUCUCUUCACAGGCAAUAAUAUUCUCUCAAUGGAAUGUAGGAUAUGAAAAACCCUUGAAUUUGCAUGUGACAAGUGUACACAUGCAAACACAAGAGGGCGGUGUUGCACUUUCUUAAAUUCCCACUCACAGGUACUUGGAGCACUCAGCUUCUUUGGAAUAUAUUGUAUGUUUACACAUUUUUGAAAUCCCACUACAUUCAUAUCUUGUUUAUAAGUCCACACAUUUACAGAAGUUUGUUGAGUGGUGUUUAAAAUCAGCGCCACCUUUGUAGGAGCUCAUCGUCUGUCCCAUGGUGCCUAAAGCAGCAGAUGUGAAUCUGCUCAGUGACAUUACCCAUUGUCCAGUUUAUUUAUUUCUAAAAACAGUAUGCCCGUUCUUCCUCUUCCCCACACUGUCUGGGUCAGAGGUCAAAGCCGACUCGUUCCCCUGGAGACAAAGGCCGCUGUCAUGGAGGGAAGGUGUAGUUGAUAUAUUUUACUGUAUCAGCCUAUAUUAGGCGUAGCCCGCGGUGAAAUCAUGUCUCCUUAAAGGUUUGGUUUGUUGUAUGUAAAUGUGUAAAUAUGAACAAUCUCCUCUCUGUACAUAUUCCCUUUGACGUGUGUGUUUUACACUGCUACCAAAAUACACAGCUUUGUUUUUUCUUUUGGAGUGACCCUUCACUGAGUUUGAAUUUAAAAAAUUCUCACUGUUUCCAGUUUCCUCAACGCGUUGCCUGCUUCACAUGUAUCCAUCUCCAAUACUUUCAGUGUAAUCUCAUGAGUAAGAUAAUUUUAUGGUCUUCAUUGUUAACUGGAAAUAAUUUCAUCUUCUUAUAAAAAGGUACUCACAACUACACAGUGACAACUAUGUAUAUGGAUAUUUUUGAUACACUUCAGUCAGUUUUUGUCAGUUAUCUCAGAACGUGUAAAACACUGGUUAUUGUUUAUGUUGCCUUUUGCUGAAGUCUUUUUGUUUGUUUGAUUGCACUAAUGAUAUAAGCAUUGCUGUCGACACAUAUCGCACAGCAACUGAACAAGUCUACAGACUGUAUCAAAAGGUCUUUGGAUGAAAGGCCUUUACAGACUACCAAUGCUACCAUUAGCACCAAGAUCACGUCUUGGUCCGUCUUGUAUUUGAUACGAACAGCAGACCACAUUCACUUGUUCUGAUUUACACCUUAAUUCAUUUUUUGUACAUAUUCUGCUCAUGUUCUACUUGUUAGUUUUCUAGUGAUGUUGUCAUUGUAUCAGUGUCCCCUUUAACAAAGGGGAAAGUGGGAAUUGUGAUAUUCCGAUAUAACAGUGAAGGAGUUUCACAUCUGAUGGCACCGAUCAUGUAAUUUUGACCACACCGUUUUCUUUUCCUCUUUCUGCUGGUUUAUUUGGUUUCUUGAUUUUGUUAUUAGAAACAGUUGUGUGUCCUCAUCAGGGAGCGUAGUGCACUCAACCUGCAUCCUGGAAUAAAUC